AUGGUCGAAGUCAACAUGUAUGGCCGGGGGCGAGGUCUUCAGCUGGCGAUUCUGAUCACCUGCCAGAUCGCGUUCGUUCUAUUUGGUUAUAAUCAGGGUGUCUUCUCUGGUAUCAUCAAGAAUGAAGACUUUCUCAACAUUGUGAACCACCCCCAGGCGGGCAUGCUCGGGUUCUUAGUGUCAAUUUACAAUCUCGGCUGCUUUUUCGGCACCUUCAUUGCCUUUGUCACUACCGAUCGGCUUGGAUUCCAGAAGUCUAUGUGGUUCUCCAUGAGCUGGAUAGUGAUCGGUGGUACUAUCCAAGCCUGUUCGUACUCUCUAACCCAAUUGCUCAUAUCCCGUUUCGUGAACGGUAUUGGCACCGGCAUCAUGUCAACAGUCGUCCCUGUCUAUCAAUCAGAAUUAUGCGAGGCACGGAAACGGGGAAAAUACGUGUGCACUCAACCACUUGCUGUUGGGUUCGGGAUUGUCAUUGCAUAUUGGUUUGAUUAUGGCAUGACCUUUGUCACGGGAUCCAUUAGCUGGCGGCUACCCAUUGCUUGCCAGGAAGUAUUUGCCAUUUGUGUUGUCAUUAUGGUAGCCGGUCUCCCAGAAAGUCCUCGAUGGCUAUACAGAAAGCACAGGGGCUCGGAAGCCCUAAAGGUUCUAUGCAAGGUAUAUGGCCGAGAAGCCGACGAUCCCAAGGUGAUUGCGGAAUCCGAAGGCAUUUUGCGAGCCCUCGAUAUGGAAGCCGCUCGUGGAGAAUAUAGAUGGUCUCAGAUCUUGAAGAGGGACGAACUGCAGACCGGCCCUCGAGUCCUGAUGGCUUAUGGCCUCCAGUUCAUGAACCAAAUGGGUGGCACCAACAUCAUAGUUGUAAGUUAUGAUUCAGUCCUGGAGGAUAAUGUGGGACUUACACCAAAGAUGAGCUCUCUGCUCGGUGGUGUGAUUCAGAUCAUGUUUGUUAUCGGCUCCUUCUAUCCUACUCUUUAUUCGGACAAGUUGGGUCGUCGUAAGCCAAUGAUGUGGGGAUCGUUUGGCUUGGGCGUGUGCAUGCUCAUGCUUGGUAUUCUGUUUUCGUUCGAAGGAACGCCGCAAGAGCAAUCUACGGCAACAGCAGCUGUUGCAUUCUUCUUCCUGUUCAUGCUUAUCUUUGGAGCGUCUACGAAUUGCAUCCCAUGGCCCUACGGACCAGAGCUGCUUCCUCUGCAUGCGCGAACCAAAGGACAAUCAAUUGGCGUCUCUGCGAACUGGCUCUGGAACUUCUUCGUGGCCAUGAUUACCCCCCUCCUGCUCCAGAAACUGCACUGGAAGACCUAUCUCAUUUUCAUGUGCCUGAACUUCUCCUUCAUUCCCCUGAUCUACUUCUUCUAUCCCGAAACUGCCAACUUGACCCUCGAAGAUAUCGACACUCUGUUCCUUGAGAAAUCUCUCAAGUCCCGCCGUCUCGAUGAGGAAAGAAACCAGAAAGAAUGCGAGGUUUCCAUCGAAAAGAUCGGCUAA